ACAUUGGCUAACCCUCCCCAUUACUAUCUUCCGAAAGAGGAGACAGAAUUCAAACAACCCGAGAGUGAGCAGAUCAAAUAUGUAGACUCGGUCUUCUAUGUCACUAGCAGGAUAGAGGAAGUUGAAGAUGCGGCGUCAAUCCCCUCCAUCAAGAUUAGUGUCAUCAAGAUUCAGACAGCUUAUCGGGGUUACAUGGCAAGAAGGAACCUCCGAGUUUUGAAUGCACGAAAGAGACUGACUUUGUUGAUUCAAGGCCAGGCAGCCAAACGUCAAAUGACAUCCACCUUAAUGCGUAUGCAAACAAUGGCUCGUGUCCAGUCUCAGGCUCGGGGCAGGAAGAUUCGAAUGGCUGAAGUGAACGAGGCUCUCCGACGACAGCUAUUUCAGAAGCGUGAAAAGGAGCUUGAAAAGCAGAGAAACGGCUGGGAUUUCAGUCCCAAAUCUAAGGAACAAGUAGAAGCCAGUUUACAAAGGAAAAAGGAGGCUGCUGAAAGAAGAGAAAAGGCAUUGGCCUAUGCAUACAGUCGUCAGCAAACGUGGAGGAACUCAUUGAAAUCUGGAACUCCAACAUUUAUGGACCUAAAGUAUCCUGACUGGGGAUGGAAUUGGACAGAACGAUGGAAUGCAAUUCGACCAUGGGAAACUGAAACCACCAGCGAUAGUGAGCUGGUUGGAUCCAAUAACAAACAGGUUAGCCUGCAUGUGCCAUCCACACAACUCUCCAAGGCUCUAUCAUCAGUGUCUACUGUCAAGGGUUCAAGAAAGACUGUUUCCUCACCUACAGCCAGUAGUCUCAAGGUUGCCACAAAGUCCAUGAGUGCCAGGUCUCGUAUAUCAAAUCCUGGUCGGAGUCCAUUAGGCUCAGUAAAAAAAGGAGGCUCAGAUACACGAUACGGGAUGGGGUUAGCUAAAGAGCGGCAUUUGGCCUUCAAUUCAUCUUCUAGCACUAAAAGGUCAUUGGCAGCACCAAGGAAAAAGACUAACACCUUAAGGUGA